GAUUUUUUAUAUACUGCUACCGAGGCCUAUACCUCCACUAUCGAUACUAAUCGGGGUUUCCGGGACGUUGUCCUCGAGGUAUUCGUAGUACACGAGGACCUAUUAGAUGAUAAUAAAGCCAAGACAACCAUUAAGAGCCUAGGCUCGCUUCCCUAUGAUCUCCUAUUAUACUUACAUCGGGAAGGAAAGUUCCAGUGUUAG